CCCAUUUCUCAGGCUUCUCCACGAAUGGGAGCUCAAUCUCCAGGACCUCCCAUUGUUAAAGUGGUGCUUCGCCAGGACUUGAACAAGAAGAUUCUAAUUGCUCUUAUAGUCUCAUCAUCUCUGCUCUGUGUUACAGUCAUGUUCCUUUUGUAUCUCUUGCUAAGGUACAGAAAUAUGAAGAACAGCUUCACCGGGAUCAAACGAAAUUCCGAUUCGGUGAAGAGUGUCACCACGAAACCGAUUGUACACAAGAUUGAUUCUGUGAGGAAAGGAACCAUCCCUGUGUAUGAAUAUCAAUUGCUGGAAUCUGCAACAAACAAGUUUAGUGAUAGUAAUUUGUUGAGCGGAGGUGGUCGUGGAUGCCUUUACAGAGCUAGUCUUGAUGAAAAGUCCUCUGUCACUGUGAAGAGACUUGAUGGUGCUGGGGAGACAGACAUUGAAAAACAGUUUGAGACUGAGGUAGAUUGGUUGGCUAAGAUCAGGCAUCAGAACAUAAUUUCCUUAUUGGGGUUUUGCGUAUAUCGCCAAACGAGUUGUAUUGUGUAUGAGAUGAUGCAGAAUGGAUCUUUGGAGAGUCAGUUACAUGGGCCUAGUCAAGGUUCAGGUUUAACUUGGCAGCUCAGGAUGAAGAUAGCAGUUGAUAUAGCAAGAGGAUUAGAGUAUCUUCACGAGCAUUGCCAUCCUCCGGUAGUUCACAGAGAUUUGAAAUCAUCUAGCAUCCUUCUAGACUCCGAUUUCAAUGCAAAGAUAUCAGAUUUUGGGUUUGCCACGGUGGUUACCACGCAGAAUAAAAACCUGAUACACAAAGCUUCUGAGUAUCUUCUUGAUGGGAAAGUUACAGACAAGAAUGAUGUCUACUCAUUUGGAGUGAUCCUCCUCGAACUUCUCCUCGGGAAGAAAUCAGUGGAGAAACCGUCUUCUGAACCAGAAUCCAUCGUUACUUGGGCUGUACCUAAGCUGAGUGAUAGAGCUAAUCUUCCAAACAUCUUGGAUCCUGCAAUAAAAGGAACCAUGGAUUUGAAGCAUCUAUAUCAGGUAGCUGCGGUAGCGGUGUUGUGUGUACAGCCGGAGCCAAGUUACAGACCACUUAUAACCGAUGUCUUGCACUCACUCAUCCCUCUUUUACCAAUAUUCCUCCUCUCGAUCCAUCUUCUAUCCCCUCUCUGCACAAGAAGCAUUACACAAGAGAAUAAGCUUGUUCCUAAACCAGAAGAAGACACCACCACCAAACCCAAUUCUAAAGAUGAUGAAUCUAAGAGAGGGUCAGCAAAAUCGAUGUUACACGAAAUAUGUGCUUCCAAGCGUUGGAGACCUCCGGUUUAUGAAUGCUGCAAAGUUGAUGGACCUUGCCAUUUGAGAUUAUUUACAUACAAAGUUGUGGUUGAGAUUAGAGAUUCUUCAGGGAAAACUGUUUUGGAGUGUUUUGGGGAUCCCAGACGCAACAAGAAAGCUGCUGCUGAGCAUGCAUCGGAAGGAGCGCUUUGGUAUCUUGAGCAUGUAAAGGCCAAACCAGAAGACAAAGCCGCAUAUCAUUUAGUCAAGAUGAAGUAACUUGAGAGUUUAGCAUAGCCAUAUGUAUAUUUCUAACGAGGGAAGCUUAAAAGAUAUUCCUAUCUGAUAAUUCAUUAUAGCUCUUUGGGUUGUAACAGUUUUGAUCUGUAUCAGAAUGUGCUGUGAGUAAAUAAAUGUUUAAUGAUUAU